AUGGUUCCGAUGAGUCCCCGAACAUUCCGCUCGCACUACGACGUUGACACCCCCCCCCCAGGGACGCACCUCUGCUACGAGGUCUACGAUCAUCGGCGGACCCUUAUCGCGUCCGGUCACCUAACCAACUCCGACGAGGAUCACGCGGAAGAGGUCUUCGUCGGGGAGAGGUUCCGGGAGUCGUGGAGGACGUGCGCCAUCGUUUGGUACAUCUCUUGGAGUCCGUGCGAUCACUGCAUGGAGAUGCUGACGAGGACGUUCCUCCGGGUCAACCCCAACGUCCAGCUCCACAUCGCCUUCGCCAAGGUCUACCGCCUCACAUCGGGGGGGAAUAUCCGCGCGCUCCGCAGGAGGGGGGUGAAUAUACGAGUGAUGGGUAUGAACGAUUUUUAUUAUUGCUGGAACAGGUUCGUGGAUACCGACCGCUCCUUCGUCCCGUGGGGCAACCUCAUCCCAAAUUAUUACCAGGCCUCUCAUUGGCUGAACAUUACUCUCAGCGGAGCCCCUUAA